ACCUCCAAAAACCAACAUUGGCUAUCCAGUUUGCCGUGAAUUGAAUAGUGAUAAAGUUCCUUGGAGCAAUCUUGAUCAAUCUCUCAAUUCGCAAUGCUCCGAGGUGUAAUAUUCAUGGCUCUGGUGCUCUGCAGUGCUGUUAUUGCCGAUGAAAAAUAUUCCGACAAAUACGAUUAUAUCGACGUUGACGGAAUUCUUGCAAAUCCCAGACAAAGGGACAGUUAUUACGCCUGCUUUGCGGGAACUGGUCCCUGCAAAACUGCUGCAGCUAAAUUCUUCAGGGAUACACUUCCAGAAGCAAUAGUCACAAAAUGCCGAAAAUGCACCGCCAGGCAGUCCAUAAACUUCGACAAAAUAUCUGAUUGGUACACAACGAACGACCUCGAAAAAUAUCAGAUAAUUGUUGCCAAAGCAGUCAGAGAUUUAAUGGCAAAAUCAGCGUAAUUCAAUAACAAAAUGAGUGAAUUCAUUAGAAUAAUUCAUGUGGCUCCACGAGACUGGCAUUAACUGAGCCUCCGAUAUUCCGAAUAUUGAUAUGUCAUUUUUUAAUUAAGUACUCAGUAAAUAAAGAAGUGUUAUUGUUUUUCA